UCUUGUCAUAUGGCGGAUAGUGAAGUUUCUGAACAUAACCUUUAUUGAUGAGAAUUGUGCGAAUUUCUAAUAUACAAUAUAAAAAAAUAAUAAAUAAAAAGAAUAUAGUUUAAAAUUACCUAUAAAAAAUGGCAAAAAUUAAACCACGAUUAGGUAGUAGAAAGAAAGCGAAAAGAUGGGCGAAAGGACAAAGUUCAAGCUCUAAUCCUGAAAUAAAAAAACACCGAAAUCAAGCACGCACGUGGUUUUUUCAACAAAAUCCAGAUUCAUCUGGAUUAACAACUGAAGUUCUGCGAAAACAUGAUGUUCUUCAAGGAACAGCACCAACUUCUGAAAAAAUUGAUAUUGACGAUGAAAGUAGUGCAGCUGGAGCAUCUACUUUCAAAACAUUUAAUACAUUUGCUAGUGAUUACAGCAAAUGCUCCAAUAUGUCAUUCAAUCGAUUUUUGACUCAAUACCAACCAAAUUCGGUGAUUCACAAGGAAAUGUUAGCAAUAUUGGCCGCUGUCACCGAUGUAAUUAAGCAAAACGACGGUAUUGAAUCAGAUACAGAGUAUUAUGCCGCCUUGAUGACAACCUUGGAGGCAGCUGAAACUGACGAAUCCAUAACGGCAAUUCUAUCUUUAUUGGGCAUGAUUUUGAAAUCUGUACCGAAAAAUGUACUCAAAUUGCAAUUUAGUCAAGCAAGUGAGAUUCUUUUGCAAGUAUUAAUCAAGUACGCAACUAAUGAAAAUUUUCUGGUACAACGACAUUGUAUUGGCUGUUUGCAAAUAUUGCUUCGAGCUCAAGAAGUGGCCGUUUGGUCGGAUAGUUCAACAUUACAAGUUUUGGACGCUUUAUUAACAUUCACGAUUCACACAAAACCGAAAGUUCGUAAAGCUGCCCAACACGGCAUUUGCGCAAUUUUGAAAGGAAGUGACAUCAUGAAAGUUGAAAAUCCACCACCUUAUCAUCCGGCAGCUUCACAAGUGGCAAAACAUUGUAUUUCUCAAUUGGAAUCUGCAGGCAAACCUGGACAUUUGACAAAUACGCUUCACAUUCUUACAAUGCUGAAAGAAAUUUGUCACCAACUUCCAAAGACUUAUGUGAAAAACAUUUGUGAGAGUCUUCUGAGCAUUAUGACCCUGAAUAAUGUACUGGUAACAUCUUGUUGUUUUCAAACUUUUCAUGGAUUAUUCAUUUCAAAACCAAGUGAAUCCGUUUUACCACCGCAAUUAAAUGCUCAAAUAAUUAAUGCUCUUUAUGACUAUCAACCGGCAUCCACUGACACACAACCGACCCUCGCUUGGCUCACAGUCAUGCAGGAAGCUUAUGCGAAUCUCGCUUUACAUUCUUUGGAUCUUUGUGCGGCGAAUCUUCCACGCUUCAUAGAAAAAGCAGCAGAACUUUGGCUCUCUGAUAAAACGGACGUUAUAACCGGUGCAUCACAUGCUAUAAAACACGUUAUACAAGAAUGUGUCAGCUAUUUGUGUGUGAAUGAACAAAUCGCUUCGAGGCAUAAAGCAACUUUAAAGAAGAUUAUUCAUUUGAUACAAGAAGGAUUGAAAUACCAGUACAGUGGAGCCUGGCAUCAUGUUCUUCAUUUAUUGGCCAUUCUAUUCCAAGUUAUUGGACUGAAUUGUAAAGAAGAUUUGGCGAAAAUUUUAAUUACUUUGGCAGAUUUGCGAGAUACGCAUAAGUUUACUUAUAACAGUGAAAUUGAAUACGCUGUCGGUGCUGCUGUCAAAUCAAUGGGUCCAGAAAUUGUUCUCAACACAAUCCCUCUCCAGAAUUUAAAUAGAAGCUGGCUUUUGCCCAUUUUAAAGGAUUGCAUCUCAAAUGCUCCAUUAUCCUAUUUUAUUAAAUCUCUUCUGCCUCUGGCUGUUCAUUGUCAAAUAAAAGCGAAGACAUUACAAGAAAAUAAAGAUGGAAUUGGAGCACACAGUUAUGAGUUAAUGAGAUCUCAGAUUUGGUCCUUAUUGCCCAAUUUUUGCAAUAAUCCAUCAGAUAUUAAGAUCAGUUUUGAGUCGGAUUUUGCGAAAACUCUUGGGACAUUAAUUGGAAGUGACAAAAGUCUAAGAUUUUCGGCAAUGGCCUCUUUACGAAGAUUAAUUACAGCAUCAGUGGAAAAAAACAAUCAAGAGGAUAUUGAAACCUUAGCCAAGUUUGCAAAGAAUUACUUGCCUAUACUUUUCAAUCUAUAUUCCACGAAACCUCACGGUUCCGACGAAGAAGGCCAACGAAUUGCUGCUUUUGAAACAAUCAAAGUUUAUUUAUCAAUCACAAACAAGGAGUAUUUAGAUAUAUUUUUUGAUACUGCUAUGAAGAAAAUUCAGGAAGAGAAAAUUGAGGAAUUCGAAAAAGAAAGUGUAUUUGACCUCUUUAGAUUAUUUGCCCAAUUUACUGAUAUCGAUAGAGUGAAAAUAUUCUACGAGUUUUGUAUUCCUCUUUUAAUGCAAACUUCUAAGCAAAAGGAGCAGAAAAAGGCGUACAGAUUUUUAGAAGAAGUUUGCAGUAGCGAUAAUGAAGUUUGUAAACAAUUUGUUCUCGAUAAUCGACGUGCAAUUCAGAGUCUGAUGAAAAAAUCUCAAAAAUUUGUACAUAAAAUAUGUAAAGGAGCACGAAUUCGCGUUAUUAUCUGUCUCGUUAAAAGUCAUCCACAACUUGAAAAAACCAAAUUUUUACAAGCAAUUGUUCCUGAAGCAGUUGUGUGCUUGAAAGAAGUGAAUGAAAAAUGUCGUAGUUCUUCUUAUCAAUUACUAAAUACUAUUGCAGAAAAGUUUUUAGAUAAUGAGGAACAUUUUAUGGAAUAUAUUCAAUUACUCACGUCUGGUCUAGGUGACACUCCAAUUUUAUGCAGCGCAACUUUACUUGCCCUAUCUUCAGUUCUAUAUAAUUAUACUGGAUCUUUGGGAAUAGAGACUGUGAAGAAAAUUCUCGAUCAUGCCUGCAAUUUGUUGACGGGACCAACAAGAGAAAUUACAAUAUCUUGUUUAGCUUUUGUUAAAGUUUAUCUAACCGUCAUGCCUACUCCAAUAAUAGGACCAACAUUAUCUAAAAUCGUGGAAUCAUUGUCUAAAAUGACAGACGACUGUAAACGACACUGUAGACUUAAAGUACGAGAUAUUCUCAUAAAAAUGGCUCGCAAGUUCGGCAUUGAACCGAUAUUGAACAUGGUGCCAGAGACCGAUGAAACGAUGCGCAAGAGACUGAAAAAUAUUCGAAAAAUUGAAAAUAGAAAGCAGAAAACAAAGGAUGAUAAAAAGAGUCAAAACGAUGGCGAGGAAGAAUUCAGUCUUAAACGAAUGCCAAAGAGCAUGGAAGAAAUUUUGGCAGACAGUGAUGAAGAAUUUGACGAUGUGGAUAUGAAGGACGGAGGUAAAAAUUCGAAACUAUCGAAAACAAAGACUUGGAUUCAGGAAUCGGAGGACAAUAUUGUAGAUUUUGCCGAUCCAACUGCUUCUAAAAAUAUUGUUGCUACAAAACCAGGAGUUUCCCUUUCUAAACCAGUCAAAGGGAACUCUAAAGACAGUGGUUUCAAAACCGCUGGGGAUGGUCGAUUAAUCAUCAACGAUGAUACUGAUAACGAAUCUGAUGAAGAAGAAACAAAAAAGAAAAAGAAAACACCAUUCUUGGGAAUGAAGGAGGACGAUGAUUAUGAAGACGACGAAGAUGAUGUAAAAUCGGCAAAGUCGGUGAAGAAAAGGAAACGUGAUAAUUCUAGCGUUCAUUCUGAAACAUUUUCAAGUUCUUCUAAAUAUAAGGCCGGAGGUUCAGGAAUUCAUCGACCUAUUAAGGUAUCAAAAUCGGAAAGAGAACCUGGUGCAGAAUAUCGAGCGUCCAAAGCUAAAGGUGACGUAACAAUAAAAGGAAAACAGAAAUCUUACGCUUACUUACCGCUAACAAGAUCUUCUCUAAAUAAAAGAAAAAAAAUGAAGAACGCUGGAAAGUUCAAGGGAAUUAUUUCUGGAGCUAAAAAGGGAGCACUUGCCGGUAAAAAAAAUCAGAAAAAACGAAAGAUAUAGAAAUAAUGUUUAACAAUUUGUAAGGUUAAGAUAAUUUAUAUAAACGAGAAGUUUAAUAAAAUAUUAAGAGAAUUAAAUAAAAAUCAUUAUUAUUAGAAAAA